GGUUUGCGCGCCUCUCUGCACCGCGCCGGAGCCCGAGCCCGAGCCGGCGCCGGAGCCCCUAGCCGGGCCCUGCUCGGGCCGCCGGGCGCGGGGCUGCGGCCGCCUCCCGGAGACGCCGCCAGCACAGCCAGGUGCUGUUGGGAACACAGAGGAAGUGACUGGCUGGGGGUCAGGGAAGGCUCCCGUAGAAGAGGGAACCCUUGAGCUGGGUCUUGAAGGAUGAGUAGAAGUUCGCCAAGUGGGAAAGGACACUCUAGGAUGGCCGAGCCGCGAUUUAACAACCCCUACUUCUGGCCCCCUCCUCCCACCAUGCCCAGCCAGCUGGACAACCUGGUCCUGAUUAACAAGAUCAAGGAGCAGCUGAUGGCGGAGAAGAUCCGGCCGCCUCACCUGCCGCCCACGUCGGCGUCGUCACAGCAGCCGCUGCUGGUCCCGCCCGCGCCCGCCGAGAGCAGCCAGGCCGUCAUGUCGCUGCCCAAGCUGCAGCAGGUGCCAGGGCUGCACCCGCAGGCCGUGCCGCAGCCCGACGUGGCAUUGCACGCACGGCCGGCCACCAGCACGGUCACAGGUCUGGGGCUGUCCUCCCGAACCCCAGCCGUGAGCACCUCCGAGUCAAGUACAGGCACCGCCACCGCCACGGGCACGGGCACGGGCACCAGCGCCCCUUCCACACCCACCACCACCAGCCAGAGCCGCCUCAUCGCCUCGUCCCCCACCCUCAUCUCAGGGAUCACCAGCCCCCCCCUCCUGGACUCCAUCAAGACAAUCCAGGGCCAUGGCCUGCUUGGCCCCCCCAAGUCGGAACGGGGCCGCAAAAAGAUCAAGGCGGAGAACCCAGGCGGUCCACCGGUCCUCGUUGUCCCCUAUCCCAUCCUGGCCUCGGGCGAGACUGCCAAGGAGGGCAAGACGUAUAGGUGUAAGGUCUGCCCGCUGACCUUCUUCACCAAGUCUGAGAUGCAGAUCCACUCCAAGUCGCACACAGAGGCCAAGCCCCACAAGUGCCCGCACUGCUCCAAGUCCUUUGCCAACGCCUCCUACCUGGCCCAGCACCUACGCAUCCACCUGGGCGUCAAGCCCUACCACUGCUCCUACUGUGACAAGUCCUUCCGCCAACUCUCCCACCUCCAGCAACACACCAGAAUCCACACAGGCGACAGACCCUACAAGUGCCCACAUCCUGGCUGUGAGAAGGCAUUCACUCAACUCUCCAACCUCCAGUCCCACCAGCGCCAGCACAACAAGGACAAGCCCUACAAGUGUCCCAACUGCUACCGGGCCUACUCAGACUCGGCCUCCCUGCAGAUCCACCUCUCAGCCCACGCCAUCAAACACGCCAAGGCCUACUGCUGCAGCAUGUGCGGGCGGGCCUACACCUCGGAGACCUACCUAAUGAAGCACAUGUCCAAACACACAGUGGUGGAGCACCUGGUGAGCCAUCACUCGCCUCAGAGGACGGAGUCCCCAGGCAUCCCCGUGCGAAUCUCCCUCAUCUGAGCCCAUCCGAGGCCGCCACCCCGCCUGGCCCGUUGGCAGACUUCAGGCUCUCUGAAGGAGAGGGGGGCCUCUGGGGACCACCAGGCUCUCUCACGACCUUCCUGACCUUCCAGAAAGUGCAGCCUGCAGAAGCCCCCGCCUGGUCCAGCUCCCAGGGAGGCCAGACCUACUGCAAGCUCUGGACUGUCCCGGUGGCAUCCAAAGACGAUCUCCGAGCACUUUGAACCUGUCGGGUUUUCUUUCUCUCCAUGCCCUUCACUUGCUUCACUGUUUUUUUUUUUUUAAUUUGUUUUGGAAAUAACAAAACAAAAAAAAAAGGAAAUAUUUAUUGGCCAGGAAGUUGGUGCUGCUAAAAGCGAGAAAUGUAAAACAUCGGACAGCCGGAUGCGGAAAACCAGAGGGCCACGUGGGACAUUCAGUUUCUGGAGCCCCGGGUCUGUGAACAGGACCGCCGGGUGGGAGGGGCAGGAGGCGGCUGGAGUGAGCCCCUUAGGCCCCGGGUGCCUGGCCAGCCCUCUCCAGCCUGGCCCUGGGCAUCAGAGAAUAGAGGGAUGCAACAGUGGCCAGCCGGGGCAUCCAGGAUUCAGGAGACAGAGACAAGAGAGGAGUGAGUGGGAGACCCGCAGGACCCACGGGUGCAGUGACGGGCUGGGUGGCAGGCCCAGGGGAGUGGGGCGGGGUGGUGAGCCCCACCGCCCUGAAGACCACCCCAGUCUACCUCGGUGCUGGCCAGGAAACCUAUCGGCUACCUCUCCCACCAUCCCAGACCGUGGGGAGGGGUCUGGGGAGGGGAUGCGCCUACGCCCAGGACCUCUCUCGAACUUUCUCCAGAUGGGGACAGAGCCCAGGGAGGGGUUGUUUGUCUUCCCUGCCGUUGGGGAGUGGGGUGAAGGAGGGACUCCCCAGCCCAGGCCUGCGGGGAGGAGGGAACGGGAGCAGACCCGCUCCCCGCCACCCCACAGACACACCCCAAUCUGAAAGCCAUGCGUGUCCGUGUAUAUAGGAACAUGUACAGAGCGAGGGAAACUCCCCACGUCCCCUCCGGGGGGGGGGAGAAAACUAGACAGAAACUCAUCUAUAUAUUCUGUAUCUGGAGUUGCGUUUGGAAUAUUAACUGUGUUAUUUUUAUACACUUUUUAAGCCUUAACUCGCCAUUGAUUUACCAGUUUAACGUUUCCUGGGGUUUCUUUUCCCGUGGGGUUCUCUGCCUCCGCCCCACCUCCUUUGUUUGACUUGCGUUGUCUGAUAUUCAGUAUCGUAGCUUUUCGUCCGCAUGUUACUACCCUGUAAAUACGCUGUUCUCCAUGCUGUUGACACCCCCUCUGCUUUUUUUUUUUCUAUUGGGACCUCCAGGCCACCGUACUUAGAACUAGUUACCUUAUUAAAAAAGAGAAAACU